AUGAUAGUCAGUGCUGCCUUUGUGUCGUCCCCACAUAAUGCUUCUGCUUCUCUUCUUCAUUCCCCUAGUGGCGGGGGAUUACCCCUUUAGAAAUAUCUCUCUACCCUGGGUAGACAGAGUCAAUGACCUCGUAGGUCGUCUCACCCUCGACGAGAUCAUACUACAAAUGUCACGUGGGGGUGAAGGCGCUCAAGCUGGGCCCGCCCCUGCUAUACCCCGCCUGGGUAUCAAACCAUAUUCCUGGGAUACCGAGUGUCUCCGAGGGGACGUUGGGGCGGGAGACGCAACCUCCUUUCCCCAGGCCAUAGGACUUGGAGCCUCAUUUAGCCCUGAUCUGAUAUUCCGGGUAGCCCAGGCCACGGGUGAGGAGGUGAGGGCCAAGUAUAACAACUACACGAGAUACGGGACAUAUGGCGACCGCAAGGGUAUCAGCUGUUUCAGUCCAGUCAUUAACAUCGCGAGAGACCCGAGGUGGGGCAGGAAUCAGGAAACGUAUGGAGAGGAUCCAUACCUGUCAGGAGUCUUUGCUUCAAAUUUCGUGAAGGGUCUCCAAGGAAGCGAUCCCCGCUACGUCAGAGCCAACGCCGGCUGCAAGCACUUCGAUGUCUAUGGUGGUCCUGAAAAUAUACCAGUUUCGCGGUUCAGUUUUGAUGCAAAGGUGUCUGAGGCCGACUGGCACACAACGUUCCUCCCAGCAUUCCGCUUCUGUGUCAUGGCCGGCACCUACAGUAUCAUGUGCAGCUUCAAUAGAAUCAACGGAGUUCCAGCAUGUGCCAACCAGAAGCUCCUGACGGAUAUUCUGAGAACCGAAUGGGGUUUCAAAGGUUAUGUGGUCAGUGACGAAGGCGCUGUUGAAAUCAUAGCGAAUCAACACUACUUCAAUAACACUGUCGACGCUGCUGCAUCCUGUGUGAAGGCUGGCUUGAACCUCGAAUUGACCUAUCACGACGAUCAUCCAGUUUUCUUUGCAAUUGAUGAUGCUGUGAAACAAGGCAAGCUGACAGAAGACGAGGUCAGGACCAGAGUUAUGGAGCUUUUCAAUGUCAGAAUGAGGCUUGGAGAGUUCGACCCACCGGAAAUGAAUCAAUACACAAAGCUAAACAUGUCGGUAGUUCAGGGUGAGGCUCACAGGAACCUGUCUGUUGAGGCAGCAAUGAAGACAUUUGUGUUGCUGAAAAACCAAAAUGUCCUUCCCUUAAAUCCAUCAAGCUACAAAAAUGUGUCGGUUGUCGGACCAAUGGCCAACAAUACAUAUCAACUGUUCGGAGAUUAUGCUCCCACCAUGAACCUCGAAUACACCACCAACCCAUUACAAGGCAUAAAGUAUCUCUGGUCUACAGUGAGGUAUGGGGCAGGCUGCACGGACAACAACUGCACUCAGUAUAACUCCCAGGAAGUCCAGACAGUAGCAACUGGCUCUGAUCUCAUUUUCGCUUGUCUGGGAACAGGUCAGGAAUUAGAAUCUGAAGGCAACGACAGGGCCAACCUGGACCUCCCAGGGCUACAGCUGCAGCUGCUGCAGGAUGCUGUCACUUUCGGUCAGGCAUCUGGUGCCAAGGUCAUCCUCCUUCUAUUCAACGCAGGGCCGCUCAACAUUACAUGGGCUGUUGAGAGUCCCAAUGUUCAGGUUAUCAUGGAACUAUUUUUCCCAGCACAAGCAACAGGCGAGGCACUGCGGCGAGUACUAUUGGCGGAGGGGCCGAACUCAGUUCCUGCCGGGAGACUUCCAGUUACAUGGCCAUUGUAUAUCAAUUCCUUGCCUCAGAUGACGGACUACUCAAUGAACGGACGCACUUACCGGUACGCCACGUAUCCAGUUCUCUUCCCCUUCGGCUACGGUCUGUCCUACACCAGCUUCUCCUACGACCUUUUGGAGUGUCCCACUCAGGUGACGGCCGGGGACAACAUCACUUGUUCUGUCUCACUAACCAAUCGAGGGUCUUUUGAUGCCGAUGAGGUCAUCCAGGUGUAUAUAUCCUGGGCUAUGGUCCCUGUGGCGGUUCCACAGCUUCAGCUGGUGGCCUUCAACAGGGUGUUUGCACCGCGGGGAGUACAGACUCACUGGAACUUCACCAUCUCGGCAGAAGCCAUGGCAGUGUGGACUGACGAGGAUGGAUGGAUUGUUGAGCCAACUGUCGUGUCAUUAUGGGUAGGAGGUCAGCAGCCCAACGCCAAACCAGCUAUCGAAUCUAAUGUCAUUUCAGUACGAUUCACGAUUAAUGGACAAAAAGUUCUUGGCCCAUAUUGAGUAAAGCUCCUUCUUGACUGUC